AUGAACUCUAUUCAAUUUCUGGCGAACACCGUUGAAAAGGCGUUCAAUCCAGCACCUGCAGACGAUCCCAAAUCGUCGCUCGACUUGGACGAUUCGCAGAUCGUCACCAGACAGCUCGAUCGGCCAGAGCCCAGCGCAGAGGAGGACAAGCCUGUGUAUGACGAGGAGGAAGAGAACGACGACCGGUCUGUUCUUGGGGUGCUGGUGAGUAUUCUGUUCUUUUUCCCAAAACACCUGGUGAUCAACCCAACGGUGUGGGUGUUGCUGGUGGUGACGUAUCCGCUGAGAGCAAUAAUAGGGCUCGUACGGCACACAGAUCCCACCGUGCAACAGAAUAUAGACAAACCGGCUGUGGAGGCUCGUGUUACGCAGAGCGAAGUCCCACAACGCCAGAAACCGCGUGAGGACCCGGUACAGACCCAAAUCACAACCAUUGUGGAAGAAGAUAUAGAGUUCGAGCUCGACAAGAGCGAGGACCCAAUCAAGUCGCCAACCGGCCCUUUGACCUCGUCAAGUGACAUGGUCAACCCACAGGCCCUUCCGCAGGCUUCCGGAAGGAAGAAGAACGCAAAAACAAGUGGAACAAGCACCCCACGGAAAAAGAAGUUCAUCUUCCCCAAAUUACUCUUCAACUUCAACAUCAACUAUCCGCCAAACCUGCCUCAAAAGACACUGGUGCUGGACCUUGAUGAAACCCUGAUUCAUUCUCUCUCCAGACACAAUUCCUCGAUACUAAACAAAAAUAAGGGAACAACACUCGAAAUUAGAAUUAAUAACCAACUAGCAACAUUGUACCACAUCUAUAAACGCCCGUACGUGGACGAGUUCCUUUCCAUCGUGCGCAACUGGUUCAAUUUGGUCUGCUUCACUGCAUCGAUCAAAGAAUACGCCGACCCGGUGAUCAAUUACCUCGAACAGGAGGUCAUGCUCAAAGAUAAAGGUGACCCUGCCCAAAAAAAGGACCUGUUCAGUCAACGAUUCUACCGCAACAGCUGUAUCUUCACAGAGGGAAGAGGAUACGUCAAGGAUCUGGGUGUGCUGACCGGCCAGCAAAAAGACCGCGCAUCCACUCCAAGCACCUCUCCGUACCCUCCAGGAGCCAACAACUCCAGUGAAAAUAUCGCUCCAGUGCGAGACCGUUCGGUCAGCAGGACAAGAGGCGCUUCCGGAAUCGACCUCAGUAAAGUCAUCAUCAUCGAUAACUCUCCUAUCAGUUACAGCUUCCAUAAGAAAAACGGAAUCAUGAUCGAAGGUUGGAUCAACGACCCUGAAGACUCUGAAUUAAUGAACCUGCUACCGUUGCUGAACAGUCUGCGAUUUACCAGCGACGUCAGAAAUAUCCUGGGACUGAAAUUAGGACAAGAAGUGUUCGAAUAG